AUGAAGAAAUCCUUCUCUGAUUCAAGCCUUUAUACCUUGUUAGUGGUAUCAUAGCAUACCUUCUCUCACGAGAUCUCUGAUCCUAUGGCUACUCGUGACGAAACUCCCAACUCAGCAGCAUCCAAACACUCGGCCGUAACCAUGCUCGAACCCAACAUCACUCGGAAUCCAAUUUCCUUUAACUCUGCAGCUUUUCCCGUCCAACUCACACCCAACAACUAUCUCUCUUGGAAAGCUCAGUUCGUGUCGCUUCUUGGAGGCUAUGAACUUGAUGGUUUCCUUGACGGAUCUCAUCCUUGUCCUAACAUCACUCUUUACAUAGCUGCCGCUGCCACUGCACAGCAAGCCUGGGAAACCUUAGCCAAACUUUAUGCCAAUCGCUCUCGCACAUGGGUCAUAACCCUCAAGGAACGGCUCCAAACCAUGAAACGUGAUGGUCGUCCAGUCUUUGAGUAUCUUCGCUCUCUGAAAACUGUGGCAGACGAGCUUGGCACCGUGGAUCAUCCACUUUCUGAUGAUGAUCUCACUGUUUAUAUACUCAAUGGACUAGGACCGGAGUUUCGGAAAAUUGCUGCAUCCCUCCAAACUCGUGACUCAUCUCUUUCUUUUGAUGAUGUACAUGACAGAUUAGUGGCCCAUGAAGAAAGUUUACGUCGCGAUGAAGCUCGAAUUGACACCUCCCCGGUAACAGCUUACUUUGCUUCUAAUGCUGGAUUAACAUCAUCUACCUCUUCUAGUGCAGGCCCCUUUCCUACCUCUGGUCGACAAUCUCAAUGGCAUUCCCAACAACACCGCGGACGGGGAAAUUCUAAUCAAUCCAAUAGGCCCAAUCAGCAUCGACGUCGUGGACAAGGCCCAAGGUAUCCAACUCGGCCCAUUGGAUUCACUUGCCAAUUAUGCGGACAUGCUGGACAUUUGGCUCGAAAUUGCCCCAGUUUUUGGGUCCAGUCCAUUGGCCCAAUGGCUAACUUUGCAUCCUCUUCAAAUGGUUUUCUUGAUGAUUGUUUGCUGGACUCUGGUGCUAAUAAUCAUGUUACAACAAACUUGGCCAACUUAGCACUUCAUUCUGAAUACAAUGGUCCUGAUGAACUGCAAAUUGGUGAUGGAACAGAGCACACCUUUCCUGCACCUUUUAAACACUCGUGUCUUCAACAACUUGAUUUCACAUUGGAUAGCCUAGACGAUCUGCCAUCACCACCUACUGUCUCCGCUGUGGCUCCUCAUGAAUCUUUGGUUCACGAAGCUGUACCUUCUGCAACAGUCCGCACCUCCCAACCUCCCUUUACCUCACCAACUCGCCCAGCCUCUGCUCCUCCACCCGAAUCCCAGCAGCCACACUCCCCCACCUCCAUCGCUUCCCCACCUCUCCCUCCACACUCCCUUGAGCCUAUCAUUGAGCCCAUUCCCCAACCUCAACCAUUGCCACCUCCGGAGCCCAUUCGAACUCACCCCAUGCUUACCCGUUCUCAAAACAACAUCUUUAAGCCUAAAUUCAUCCACCAAGCCGUCUCCACCUAUCCUAUUCCCAUUUGUGAACCCACUUGUGUGACUCAAGCACUGAAAUAUCCCAAUGGUGGAAGGCUAUGUCUGAGGAAUUUAGUGCUUUGGAAUUGGCCUAUUCGUCAAUUGGAUGUCAACAAUGCCUUUUUGCAUGGGCAUCUUGAGGAAAAAUUGUUCAUGGCACAACCAGUUGGUUUUGUUGAUCCUGCUCUUCCUCAUCACGUGUGCCGGUUGCGGAAAUCUAUUUAUGGGUUAAAACAGGCUCCACAGGCGUGGUUUCAGGAACUCAAGCAGUUUAUUAUCUCUCAAGGUUUCUCCCAUUCUCGCUCCGAUUCCUCUUUGUUUGUUUAUCAUCGGAAUUCGACCUGGAUUUAUUUCCUUGUUUAUGUGGAUGACAUCCUCAUUACUGGUAGUGAUCCCUCUGUUGUGUCUUCUCUGAUAAAUUGCAUGAGUACCAGAUUCUCCAUUAAAGAUUUGGGUACUCUUAGCUAUUUUCUUGGCAUUGAAGCAGUUCCCACCAAUGCAGGACUCUUCCUCUCUCAACACAAGUAUGUUAAUGAUCUCCUCCAUCGUUUUCGGAUGCAUGAGGCUAAGCCGGUUGCCACGCCACUUGCUACUAAUACUGAUCUCGAUCGAGAUACAAUGGUUAGCACCACUGGGUAUAUAGUUUUUCUUGGUCAGAAUCCGAUCUCUUGGCGAGCUACAAAGCAAAAAGCUGUUGCUCGAAGCUCCACCGAGGCUGAAUAUCGUGCUCUCGCUGCUACAGCCUCUGAAGUUGUCUGGAUUCGACAUUUGCUUGGUGAACUUGGGAUCUUUUACUCCCCUUCUUCCGCCAUCUUUUGUGACAACAUUGGCGCCACCUAUCUUAGCUUAAAUCCUGUUAUGCACUCGCGCAUGAAGCACAUAGCUAUAGACUUGCAUUUUAUUCGGGAUUUAGUUGAUCAACGUGUUCUUCAUGUCUCCCACAUUGCGUCCCAGGAUCAGCUUGCUGAUGCGUUCACAAAGCCCCUCUCUUCCAUCCGGUUUUCUCACUUACGGUCCAAGAUCAGAGUUACAAAUGGCACCACCAUCUUGCGGAGGCGUAUUAAGGAAAGUAAAUCCCCUCCAUGAAGUCCUGGAUAGUCUCCAUGAAAUCCCAGAUUUAGAAGAUCUCGGAACUGCAAUUGUAAAAGAUUUGGAACUGUAAUUGUAAAUAGUGUUUCCUAGUUGGAUUAGAUUCUGUAAUGUAUAAAUUGUACUGCUCCAUUUAGUAAUAAGACAAUGAAGAAAUCCUUCUCUGAUUCAAGCCUUCAUACCUUGUUAGGGGGGGAUUGGGGGGGUUUCCGAAUGAAAGAUUAGAAGAAAUUUUGUCUAAUGUUCUUUCCUUACACGGAACCCUAUAAUUUGCACCCUAGAGACUAAGAACAAGGAAAAAAACCAGAGGGGGGCAUAAGAUGAUUAGAGAAAUGGAAGAAACAAGCGAUCAAGAAGAGAAGCAUCAGAGAAGGACAAAGACAAGUUAGAGAAAAAUUUGAAGCCCAUUGAACAUGAAGACAGAUGACUGGCGAAACCUAUAUUCA